AAGUUCGUGAAGCCGUGAACCCCACAUGGCGUGGCACAAGUGCACAACGUACGGGGCCCUGCCGAAACCGUCCUCUCCGUCCUGCUGCCCCCACCGCGCGGCCUCGCUUCUGACCGCCUGCUGCUCAUGAGCUCAUCUAUUAACCAUUGAUGCAAAUACCAGUAAUCCAGUACACCACCAAGCCUCCAGCUCCCCCCCUCCACCGCGUCCUCAAAAGGCCGCAAAAGAAUCCCAGAAAGAGUCAGUAUUUCUUUAGCGUUCAGAGUGAGACAAGCAAGCGAGAGGAGUGGGGGAGUGAGCGAGGGAGCGAGUGAGCUCCGCGCUCUGCGUUAGCGUGCGUGAUGGAAUCGUUCAGCUUCCUGAAGUUCCUGCGCGGCGCCGGGGUCGCCGGCACCGAGCGCACCGCAGUGGCGGCCACGACCAUAGCCGCGUCCGCCGCCGCGUGCGAAGACGGCGGCGUGGACGACGACGCGGCCUUCUUCGACCUGGAGUUCGCGGUGCCCGGCGACGAGAGCGCGGCGUCGGACGCGGAGGAGGAGCGGGUCGAGUUCAACUUCUCCGUCGCCGGCGACGCCGCGUCCGGCGGCGAGGUGGUGGCCGUUGACCCGGUCGUCGCCCCGGGCGACGAUGCGAAGGAGGAAGAAGAAGCGGAGGCGGCCGCCGAGACUGCGCAGCAGCAGCAGCCCCCGGCGGCGUCGUUCCUCCGGCCCGCGACGACCAAGUUCCGCGUGCUGCUGCUCAAGCUGCGGAAGCCCAAGGCCCCUCCCGCUCCUUCGGCGGACGGCAACGGCUGCCCGGCGCCCAAGACGGCGGCUAACCGUUUCCUGAUCAAGUUCCGGCCGGUGGACGACGCGCCCUUCGUGUCGCUCUUCACGCGCGACAACAGCUCCCGCACCUCCGACGCCGGCUCGGCCAGGCCGGCUUCACAAGCGCCGACUAUGGCCACCUCCGAUGCGUCAGCGGCGGCGGCGAUUACCGCCGAGGAGCGGCGGUUCGCCAAGGAGGUGAUGCUCAAGUACCUCAACAAGAUCAGGCCGCUCUACGACAAGGUCUCCCGCCGCUACGGCGAGCGCCUCCGGUUCGCGGGCGAGGGCGAGGAGACGGACGCCGAGCCCGAGCCUUCGCCAUCGCCUUCCCCGUCGCCGUCCCCGUCGCCCGCCGCCGCGCCCCGUGCCGCGGAGCCGCAACAAGCGCAGCAGCCCGUCGUCGUCGUCGCCUGCGGCGUGCGCGCGCCCCGCGCCAGCGUGCCGGCCGGGCUGAAGCAGGCGUGCAAGCGGCUCGGCAAGAGUCGGUCGGCUUCCUCCGCCGUGGCGGCCGCGCCGUCACCGUCGCCGACAACGACCCCCUCGCAGCAGCCGCAGCGGCGCGACGACUCGCUGCUGCAGCUCCAGGACGGCAUCCAGAGCGCCAUUGCCCACUGCAAGCGCUCCUUCAACGCCUCCAAAGGGUCUGAGUCGCCGCUGCUGCGGUCCAUGACUGACCCGAGCCCGAAGGUCGACCUGACGGCGGCCGACAACAAGGACGGCAGCGACGGCGCGUCAAUUAAGCGGGCCGUCCGCCCGGCCGAAAAGCUGAUGCAAGAGGAGCAGGCCGAACGGUGAUCCCCGUACUCAGCAAAUCUUAGUCGUAGCCUAGAUCCUGCUAAGCAGCGGUAGUAAGUAGCAUUUUUAACACCAGUCGAUCCUAUCAUGGUGCCGGGAUUAAGAAAACGUGCGUGUGUGCGCGCUCUUGUCUUAACGUGGCAAAAGCUUGUCUUUUCGGCCGCGACCAACUCCUAGCCCCCCGGCAGCGCCGGCUAGUUCAAUAAUCUGGUGCUGCUAGCACGCUUGUAAAAUAUUUUCCCCAUCUCCCCAUGUCAAAGUCGCUUUCGGACUUCGGUAACCUGCUUAUUACCCUGUG